AUGGGUUCAGGACCCGUCUCCAUCGAAUACCUCUCCUCGGGGGCCAACCGACAGACCGCUGUUGCGGACUGGAGUCAAUGUGGGAUUUUGGCUUUUGGUGCCGAUAUUAACAUUGCGUUAUGGCGACCUUUGUCGGAAUCUCCCAAGGGAGUCACAAAGCUACUCAAUGGGCAUAAGAGCACUGUCAAGGCCUUAACGUUUCUCCCCGAAGGAGACCAGGACGAAAACUCAUUUCUCGUUUCUGGCUCAGACGACAAGACCGUGAUCAUCUGGAAGGCACCUCGCAACAGUGAUGAAUUCAAGCCCAUCCACACCUCAACGGAGCACACUGCUGCUAUCAACUGUAUAGCUGCCUUGAGGAUCAAGGGAGCACAGAAAUGGGUUAUCGCAACCGGAAGCGCAGACGCCUCCAUAAAGAUAUGGAACUUCGAGAAUGAUCAGCUGACUCUACUCCAAAGCGUCAAGACGACACCCAAAUACUUCCCCAUGUGCCUAUCACUCAGCUACGCUGGAGAUGAAGACGAUGUUUUGGUGCUAGCAUCCGCUGGCACAAGAGAUAUAGUGCAGAUUUUCACAGCUGAGACUAAGUCAGAAAAUGCUCAGUUCAAUGUGCAAGCCACUUUGACAGGGCAUGAGGGUUGGAUACGGAGCUUGAGCUUCGCCAAAGAGACAUGUGCCCCAGACAGUGAUCUGUUACUCGCUUCAGCGAGCCAGGAUAAAUACGUCCGUAUCUGGAGAUUCCAUCAGGGGAGAGAGCUGCCCGCUGCUGCUGCCAGUGGUUCAGACCCUUCCAGCGACGCAUACCUUCCCGGAAAGUCACCCUCCAACAAAGCACAUCGUCUGAAGUCCGCCGGUAAGGACUUCUCUGUUACUUUCGAAGCACUUCUUUUGGGCCACGAGGACUGGAUAUACAGUGCACGCUGGCAACGGCAGGACGACGACAAGCUACAGUUGCUCUCGACAUCAGCCGAUAACUCGCUCGCCAUCUGGGAAGCUGACUCUAGCUCUGGAAUCUGGGUCAGCAUGGCGAGACUUGGUGAGAUUAGCAGGGAGAAAGGUGCAACAACAGCAACUGGAAGCACUGGCGGGUUUUGGACUGGCUUGUGGUCUCCUGAUGGUAAAUCAGUAGCCUGCCUCGGCCGUACUGGCAGCUGGAGACGAUGGGAAUAUGUCCCUGAGGAAGACUUUUGGAAGCCAUUUGUUGCUAUCUCGGGGCAUACCAGAGCUGUUACAGGUAUAACGUGGGCCAAGAAUGGUGAGUAUCUCUUGUCAACAAGCUCUGACCAAACCACACGACUGCAUACACGCUGGGACAGACCAGGAAAUGAGACAUGGCAUGAAAUGUCCCGGCCUCAGAUUCACGGCUAUGAUCUCAACUGUAUUGACUCUGUGGGAGCUUCUCAGUUCGUCUCAGGGGCCGAUGAGAAGCUCAUGCGUGUCUUUAGCGAACCCAAAGCUGUUGCCUCGAUGCUCAACCGUCUUGCAGGCAUCGGCGGUGGUAUGGACGUUCAGAACAUGCCCGAUGCCGCCAACAUGCCCGUCCUGGGACUAUCUAACAAGGCAAUUGAUGCCGUGGAAGACGACCAAGAAAUUCAACCCAUUGAUGACCGGGAUCGUGAGGCCAUGGAUCCAGCCUCGAUAGUCAAAAAGUCGCAUUUGGAGAUCGAUCACCCUCCUUUCGAGGAGACACUCUCAAGACAUACCUUGUGGCCGGAAACCGAGAAGCUGUAUGGACAUGGUUACGAGAUUUCUUGUCUCGCAGCUAGCCACGAUGGUACUCUCGUCGCCAGUGCAUGCAAAGCCAGCUCGACUAACCACGCCGUAAUUCGUUUAUUCGAAACAAACCGUUGGACGGAGCUUAGGCCGCCUCUGACGGCACACUCUCUGACAGCCACCCGCCUUCGAUUUUCUUCUGACGACCAGUUCCUCCUGAGUGUAGGGCGCGAUCGCCAAUGGGCUGUCUUUGAGCGCGCGCCUGAGGAUGAGGCUGCGUACAAGCUCCUGCAGAUCAACCCCAAGGGUCACACACGUAUGGUACUUGACGCAGCGUGGGCGCCUGCGUCGUCUACGGCGCCAGUAUUCGCAACUGCUGGCCGUGACAAGCAAGUUCGCAUCUGGGCCGCCAAGCCUAACGAAGAUGGAAAGAUUCAGUUCUCUCAGACAGCCUCCAUCCCGACUGCAUCCCCUGUAACAUCUGUCGAUUUUGUCCCUCAGGUUAUUGAUGGUAGAUUUGUCUUGGCAGUUGGCACAGAACUUGGCCGACUCAGCCUUUGCUUGAUCAAGGAGGAUGGUACUGAUGUUACUGAGAAGCCCGCAUAUGAGGAUUACUGUUUACCCAAGGCUGUUCACCAGCUUGCAUGGCGUCCUGUCGUACGAGAGGGGGCCGAGAGGCCAUUUGAGUUGGCAGUUGCAGGAGAGGAUAGUUCACUUAGAGUGUAUGCCUUCAGCCAGGCGUAUCUUCAGGUGACCCCAGACCAAUAG